AUGGACGUCCUCCCCCCAAGCAUCGACCCCUGGUACACAGCCCCAGCAGGCUACGAGGCCGCCGUCCCAGGGACAGUCCUGCGCGUGCGCCCGGGCCCCGAAACCCAUCUAGCAGCAAUGAACUCAACCGCCUCCUCAAUCUACAACAUCCUCUACCGCACAACCGACGCCUUCGAACAGCCCUCUUUCGCCGUGACGACGCUCCUCGUCCCGUUAUCCCCCUCCGAAACAAACGGCACAAAACUCCUCUCCUACCAAAUCCCCUACAACACCGUGAACAUCGACUACAGCCCCAGCUACGCCCUCGGCACCGAGUACGCCACGUACUUGGCUGACAUAACGACAGCCCUGGAAAACGGGUGGUUCGUGAACGUCCCCGACUUCGAGGGCCCACGCGCCUCAUUCUCCGUAUCCCUCGAGUCAGCACACGCAACCCUCGAUUCCAUCCGCGCCGUCAUCGCCGCUGAUAUCCACCCCGAGCAUGGUUUAGACGCCGACACCAGCACCGUGCUGUGGGGGUACUCGGGCGGGAGCAUACCCAGCGAAGUCGCCGGGGAGGUGGCCGCAGCCUACGCACCUGAACUCGACAUCGCGGGGAUCGCGAUUGGCGGUGUGCUUGUGGACGUCGAGCAUGUCCUGCGCGUCGUGGAUGGGACGGCCUAUGCUGCGCUCGCGCCGCUGAUGAUGCUCGGUCUUGCGACGCGGUACCCGGAGGUCCGGGCGUAUCUGGACAGCUAUCUACGUCCGUAUGGGGCGUGGAAUAGGACGGCGUUUGAAUCUGCUGCGGGUAUGAGCGUCUUACAGGCGUACGGCGUCUUUGGGAACCAGAGCAUGGCGAUGUACUUUUCCAGUGGGUCGGGGUGGCUGCAUGCGCUGGAGUUGCGGGCCGCGAAGGAGGAGAGUUGGGUUAUGGGGCGCCGGGGGACGCCGGGCGUGCCGAUGUUCGUGUAUAUGGCGGUUGGUGAUGAGGUUUGUCCGGUGGGGGAUGUGGAUGGUUUGGUGAGGGCGUAUUGUGAGGCUGGGGCGAGGAUACGCUAUGAGCGGAAUACGGUUGGGAAUCAUUUGGCGGAGAAGAUGGGGGAUCGGGAGAGGGUUUUUGGCUGGUUGGCCGGCAUUUUUGAGGGGAUGGAGGUUCAGGUUGGGUGUGUGGUGAGAGAUGUUAAGAUUGGAGGUGAGCCUGUGGUGUAA